AUGGGACUAGGUGAUCCCCCAUCCGGGGAAAAUCUUCUGGACCUCAGCGAUACAACUGAGCCUCGCACCCUGUCUGAAAUUGCAGAACGUUUCAGAAAUAAAAGGAUCUACACAAAUGUCGGAGAUGUUCUUCUAUCAGUGAAUCCAUACGAAAAAUACAGCAUUUACGAUGAAUCCGUAAUUGCACAAUACCGUCAACUUAGUAGAUACGCGCACAUUUUCACUCCAGCCAGAUCGGCAGUGGAAAACAUAGAGAGUGGUUCUACCACUCAGUUCAUUGUAUUAAGCGGUGAGUCCAACUCAGGAAAAUCGUUUAACGCCCACCAGGUGAUGAGAUAUUUGGCAACAUCUCGGAAUAGUAAAGUUACAAUCAAGCAUAUAGAUGCAAUAACAACAAUCUUCAAUAGCUUUGGCUGUGCUAAAACUGUAAAGAACGAUAAUGCUACACGAUUUGGCUACUGUAUGGAUUUUUUCUACAAUAAGAAUACUUUGUCUGGGCUUGGUCUUAGCACGACUUUGCCUCUGGAAACAACUCGGGUUGUUUCUCAAAAAGCAGGCGAACGCAACUAUAACGUUUUCUAUGAACUUUGCGCAGGAAUAGCGUCCGAUGCACGUGCCAGCUAUGGAAUUCGAGAUCAGCAGAAAUUCUUCUAUCUUACACAGGGCAAGGCCGUCGACAGUGUUCGCAAUGACGCAGCGAACUUCGCCGAGCUCGACGCUGCGCUCGAAAUCGUGGGAUUCUCGGACGAACAGCGGCAGAUCAUCUACAAAACUCUCGCUACCAUUCUACAUUUGGGAAACAUGUACUUCAGACAACGAAGGAGCGCUGAGGAUGAUACCGAAUACGUCGAAGUAAGCAACGAUGCCGAAUUGAAAUGGGCUAGCUAUCUGUUGGACGUCGAUAUGUACUCAUUUGCACCAUGCUUUACACAUAAAUUUACGAAGACUGAUGAAGGUGUUAAUAAAAUGGCGUAUAGCAUGGGUCAAGCGCUUGAUGCAAGAGAUUCGUUGGCUAUGACGCUCUAUGAAGUCAUGUUCAGCUGGAUACUGAAAAGGAUUUCUCUUCAUCUCAAAUGCUCAGAACACAACGCUACGAUCAGCGUCGUUGAUUGCUACGGAAUUGAGCGAUACAAUAACAAUGGCCUGGAGCAGCUGCUUAUCAACACUGUAAAUGAAAAACUGGGCAAUACUUUUGUAAAACAGACAUUUUUGGAAGAGUUGGGUGACUAUGUUAGUGAAGGAUUGUCCUUUGAUUGGAAGAUGCCUUCCUACCUGGACAACGACAAAGUUCUUGAUCUUCUUUGCAAGAAACCAUAUGGACUACUCUACCUCAUAGAUGAUGAGUGUAAAUUUCCAAAGGCAUCAGAUGAAUCCUACCUCCGCCACUGUAAUCUUAAUCACUUGGAUAAGAGUAUUUAUGGCAAGGCGAAAGAUAAAGAACGUCUACAGAUGUCGGUUCGGCACUCAUUCGGAUCCACGUGGUACAAUGUGCACGGCUUUGUUCAGCGGAACAAACGUGCACUUCCUGGAAGUGUUGCGAAGAUUUUGGCAGAAAGCCAAAAUCCGGUCAUAGCCAUGUUGUUCCGCCCAUUAGCAGGAAAGGAAGGUGCUGAUUACGUGAUUUAUUCUGCUCAACAGUUCAACGUUGCAUCAACUGCGCUAGUUGAACGGAUUCUCAGUGGUCAAACUCAUUUCGUUCGAUGCGUUCGUUCCAACAACGAACGACUUCCUGCUCAUCUUGAUGAAGCAACCCUAGCUCGCCAGAUCAAGAAUUUAUAUAUUGUUGAAACCCUACAAUUUCGAAAAGCGGGAUUCCCUGUACGAAUACCGUUCGAACGAUUUGCGAGAAACUACCGUUGCCUUCUGCCAUCCGAUAUUGCUCUAUGCCAAAAUCAAAAAGAAAUCAUCGAUGAUAUCCUUGAUGGUCAAGGAGUAAAAUUCGCGGAUGAUUAUAGAAUUGGAAUGAAUUAUGUCUUCAUGCGGGAUCGACUAGCAAACAGGCUACAAACCCUCAGGGAAAAAACUCAACGAGAUGCUGCUUACGUAAUCCAAAAGACCAUGCGAGCAUAUGUGGCUCGUAAGAGCUACCUUAAGAAGAGAAAUGCUGUGGUUCUACUACAAGCUGGUCUACGUGGUUGGAAAGCGAGGAAAGAGUGCAACGCAUUGCGUCAGCGGUUAUUUAGUAAUCUCGGCGUUCAAACAAAACGAAGUAGACGCCUGAAUGCUUACCAUGAGUCUCUUUUAACUGAAACUUCUGAUAAGCAGACCUUAAACCCUCUUACUGCGCCUCUGAUCAAGGACAAAAUGGCCAACACCGAUUUAGAGAAACCACACUACGAGACCAAACUCAAAUCAGAUAUAAAAACUACUACUGAGUAUCUACCGAUAGGUUUGAAGAGCAGAAUCCAUACUAUCGAACCUGUAACAAUUGAGAAGUUUGCUGAGAAUAACAUCAGGUGCCACCUGCUCGAGCCUAGACGUGAGCCGAUCCUAACACCAUUUCUGCUCAAAGAAAACGACAUCGAUUUUCGUUUGUCUAUCGAGAUUUUCAAAUUACUACUGAAGUAUAUGAAUGAUCAAACACUAACUCGUUCACAAUUGGAUGAUCUUGCUCGGUACAUUGUCAAACAGGGCAUUGCUAAUUCUUGCCAGCGUGACGAAAUUAUCGUUCAAAUAUGCAAUCAAAUCUACAAAAAUCUUGAUAAAGAAGCGACGACUCGAUGUGGACGUUUACUUCUACACGCUGUAGGAGUCUUUGCUCCAUCUGAAGCCGUAUUGCCUAUGUUAAUAAGUUUCGCAAAUCAGCUGAACGUACCUCUCCGAAAGCAAUUGUUGAGUACUAUAGCAAGAAGACUGAAUAUUUAUGACAAUCAGCAUGCUACACGACUUCUACCAGCUUCUCACCUUGAAAUGGCUGCCAUCUACAGUUAUCACAAUGCUGCGAUUGAAGUAACAGAUCCACAAAACAACGUCUACAUGGUCGAGGCACACCCAUGGAUCACUAACGAGGAAUUUGCUGCUAGAGUGCUGAGGCACAGGGGAAUAGGAGACUCUAGCGGAUGGACAGUCGAAGUAGAGGCGGAGAAAAUGCUCUACUGUCCGAGCGGUGCACAUUUUCUGUUCGACGUGAUUUCUGAGAUCGAGCUGGGCAAGGAAGAGAAUAAAAGGUCAUUCUUCUAUAAUUACUCAACGGAGCGCACACUUCCUCCUGUAAACCAAAACAAGACCGAAAACAUUGAUCCACCAACAAGAAUUUUGAGUCCAGUUCUGAAAAGAAGGAUGAGACAGAUGAAUGAAAGCCAGGACUCACUUCGUGGCGACAGAUCGUUGGACGGUUUCAGCGGUGGCGAAUUGCCACACCGACGUGGAAGAUCUCAGGAUUCUCCGCGACUGGCGAGACUUCCAUCAUCUCCACCUGUACAAAGGCAAGCGUACCGAGCAGUUGACGAGGAUGAAGAUUACUGUUACGCUUUGCCGAUCAAGCCAAAGGCGAUGAAUGAUUCACCAAUUUCUAAUCGUGCUCUUCGAGCAAAUCCGCCACCCGAUGUCAGGCCCCCAGAACUUCCAAGACAGCCUAUUCCGAAUAAUUCUAUGGGUUGCUACGAUAUGCCGUACCAACCUUCUCACCCGCAUCACAGGCCUUCGGACUCUCAAGAUCGCGCGCAAGACCGACCUGAACCAGUCGCACCCAAUCAGUACUAUCCCCAGACAAUGCCAAUGCUCCAGUACGUGCCAGUCAUGAUGGCUCCACAAAUCCAAAUGUUCCCAACACAAAUGAGCCAAACAGUGGUUCAGUCUCCCAUUCUGAUGCCUCCUUCACAGCUUCUCACAUCAGCAAAAAUCCAGCCACCAUUGGCAUUUGAGAAAGUCUUACCACAAGCUCGUGCCACAUCGCGACAAUCUCAUCAGAGGGAGCCCAGCUCACAAAGUUACGGUAGAAGUGAUGCCGAGGAUCGUAACCCCGAGUACGGUGUUUCCGUCGAUCCUCGAGUAGGGUUCGACUCAAUCCGAUCUCGUUCAAGUGAUCUCACUCGAGGUGGUGUUAGCGACCAGGUGCCGAGUGUGUAUUCCACAAUGUCAGUGGCUUCACGCAUUCGAAGUAUGCCGGUACCGAACAAUAAUAGAGAUGUGGAUCGAUUUUUAGACGAAGUUUUUGAUCAGGUACUCUCGCCACAUGAGCUCGCUGCUGCCGAAAUGAAUCCUCAUCAAAUCGCAGCCACCAUUAAGGGUGGGGCUUAUGGUUUUGACGACUAUGAUACGGUAAGGGAUACGGUCUACCAGAAGAAAAAUACACCUUACCCAACAGAUUAUUCUGCUGAUCCAAACAUGCAAGAUGGUAAUCGCUACGAUUACAUCACCAGGGAACGCAUGCCAACACGAGAACAACUAUCGCGGCCAACAGAGCGUGCCCAAAGUAUACCAAGAUACCCAGUACAUCGACAUAUCCCGCAUGAAUCGUCUGAUUCGUUGCCGUCUGAUGUUUGUACGAUGCGCGAAUAUGUGCCAUCACCUCCGGGAACAUCCACUAUACCGUCUUCGUCCAGGCUUUAUGGAGGUGUUGAAGAAACAGAUAACGUUUACGAACCUCAACAAAUGCUGUUCAUGAUGCCAAUGCAAAUGAAUGCCUCCAACGGUCAAAUGAUGCCAGUUCUAAUGGCACCAGGGAUGAUGACGUCGUCAGUAGCACCGAACAUGAUGUAUUGCAUGACCCCAGCACGUCAGACAGCGUCAGCGACAAGGCAACGGCGACAUCGUUCCAUAGAUACAGCACCGCUAAAUAAUUACGAAGACGACGACAGUAUCCAUCAACAUACACAUCACAAUUCGAGUUCAUCUUCUGAUUUUCAUCCGAGAAAUCAAAAUCCACAGCAAUUCAGGUCAAUGUUAGGGCCUGGAGAUUUGGCAACUUUAAAAGCUAUUCCACGGCCUAUGCCAAGGUCUCCGUCCCCGGCCAAAUCGCCGACGGCAGAGCGCAAGCCUAAUGGACUCAAUCGUGUUCCUCCUGAUGCCUAUCGUCUACCAGCUGUUCAAAGCACUACCAUUAAUUCUGAGCAUCCUGAACCGCGACGACUAAAAGUUCCAGGAAAGAAUUUCAUGAAAGAAAUUCAGAUUAAGGAACAGGAAGCUCUACGAAAGAUCAACGAACGAAUGAAAAAUCUCCCUCCUCCGGUGGAUGAAGUGAAAAUUUACAACUUGCCAAGAAAGAAGACAGUAACCCCUGAACAAGUGUUUGCACGGCUGCCUCCUGAAGAACCACAUGAAAUUAUUCCUGAUUUUCAGCCAGACUACAUUGUGCAGAGAGAAGAACCACAGACCCGAUGGGUUGAAGAAAAACCUCAGGCUCGCUAUGUGAGCAGAGAAGAGCCCCGCUAUGUUCAAAGAGAAGAACCACAGAGUCGAUGGGUAUUCGAGGGUGAAGUGGAAAGACCAGUGGAAAGACCAGAAACAAUGGUCGAGGAAGUAACACGUAUACGAUCACCAUCUUUUCCAGUUCCACAAGAGCAGAUACAAGUGCCAGAGACUUCAAUCCGUAGUGAUUCCGUAGCUUCAAGUGAGAGGCCAGCAGUAAAAUAUCUCAAACAACCAUGGAAGCUUACGAUAAGGAAAGAGAUGUUCCACCCUAAAGAAGUACUAGACGAUGCCCAAGCAAGCCAACUCUUUGCCCAGAUUAUCACCGAUUGUCGCAAAGGAAACGCUUAUCGUAUUCGUUCAUAUGAAAGAGAUCAAGUUGUCGAAAUUCUAAAAGCUAGCAAUAUUCCACCUGAUAUGCUCAACAGACAAGCUGAAAUUCCUAUCGACGUUAAAAUCGCUGUUAUUGAAGCGGCAAGAAAAUGGCCGCUCUAUUUUGCACAAUUUUACGAGGUAGUGGAAGAACGCUCGAAUGAAUCUGUAUCUGUAUUGCUUGCUAUAAGCGAACAUGGUGUAAAAUUACUGCUGCAUACACCCUUGGAUAAGCAAAAUCCGUUGAAAUCGCAGGAUUAUUUCAGUUUCGCGGAUUUGUCCGAAACUACAUUAGAAGGCGAUGAUGUCGUAUGUCUUCAUACCCAAAAUAAUGGUACGAUAAGGCUUCGUGACAGAAUGGCACCACAAAUCAAAGCUCAAAUUGAUAAGUGCAUGUUUGGUGAAUUACAGCAAAAGCAGUUUGUUCGCGCUACAGCUGAUUACGUUACAAAGCAGCCGAAUCUACUGUCAUUCAAAAAAGGAGAGACUAUAGAAUUGGUUACACCUCCAAAUGACGAAGUACCUACACCUGGAUGGUUCUACGGUAAAAUUGGUAAUCGUUACGGUAGCCUGCCAGCACAAUACGUUGUACCACUUGACGACAACAAUCGGGAAGUGGAAGAAUCCGUGCCACCUCUUCCCUUGGUUGAAGAAAACACUAACACCGAGAUCAGCAGCCAACUGGAUGGGAACAAAUAUACGAUGAUGGAAUUUGCUCUCAACCAUUUCCGUGGUCCCAAAGGUUACGAGAGCACUAUGAGGAAAAAUAAGAAAGAUUGGACUUGGCAAGAUAUCGCUCACAAGAUCAAGUUCACGGACAAGCCCAUAUCUCACUCGUUAAUUCGCUUUGAUUCCAACGAACUGGACAAGUUGGCAGCGGAGACUUUUACUUGUAUAAUGAAAUACAUGGGAGAUGAGCCGAUUCGUAGGGGCGAAACUCUAACAGACGCCGUUUAUCGUUUACUGCUUAUUUGUCAUAAACAUGCUCCCCUCAGAGAUGAAGUUUACUGCCAAAUCAUUAGACAAACCACAAAUAACAAAUCGAACAAGCCGGACAGCUCAAUCCGAGGCUGGCGUUUAUUCUCCAUUCUCACCGCUUACUUCGAAUGUUCUCUAUCCCUUCGACCGUAUGUGAUGAAGUAUUUGGGCGAAAACGCUGAUGACCACAGGAGAGCUUAUCACGGAACUGCUCAACUAUGUCUGCAGAACUUGAAUCAGACAAUCCGUUAUGGUGGACGAAAGUACUUACUUAGCGGAAUGGAAGUAGAGGAGAUCACGAAUGGCAAGAUCCACAAGCGGCAGAAUUACUUCCUUCCCGGAGGCAGUACGAAGGUCGUGAAUACCAAGAGCGUUACCGUAGUUGAAGAGGCGAUCAGGGAACUUUGCUUGGAGCUGAACAUCAGAAGUCCAGGAGAACAACAGGAAUUCUGUCUAUGUUAUGUUCUUGACAAAGAUCACCAGAUCGAGUACUGCAAUAAUGGUGAUUAUAUCCUUGAUAUAUGCACUGAACUUGAACGUAAACGUCUACAAUUCGACUUCAUCUUGAGACGCUGUACAUGGGUACAUCCAUUGCGACUAGACCAUCCUGUCUAUAUCGACGUCAUGUUCAAUCAGGUUGUUCCCGACUACCUGGACGGCAUGUUCGUCAUGAGACAAGCUGCUGGACAAAUAAGCGCUGCUACCGUUGAAGAUAUCAGCAAACUUGCUGCUUACAUUCAUCUAGCUGAUAACGCAGCACGAAAAACAGCUGUAACACCGAAGGUUAUGGGUCACUUGCUUCCGGCAGCAGCACUUGAAUAUACUUCGUCUGACACAUGGGCGAACAGGGUGAAUCGACAACUGCGCACAAUGAACUACCAAAUGACAAGCACUCAAGCAAAGGCUGGAUUCUUGGAGAUUCUAUCAAACUGGCAACUUUUUGGAUGCACCGUAUUUCGUCUUGAGGAGGCAACAUGCGAUGGACGUCUUCUGCACUCUACGGAGCUAGCUAUCGGCAAGAAUGGCGUAAAAUUGUUGGAACCAAGAAGUCGGGAAACUCUUGAGCAUUGGGAAUACGACAAAAUAGUUUCCGUCAAGGGUGUAGGAAACGUUGUAGAAAUGGUUGUUGGUACCGAAGAUUCCAACAAAAAGUACGAAUUCCACUCGAGAAAAAGCUGUUCCGCCAUCGUUCGUCUCGUUGAACAUUAUACCGUCAUCAUCAAAGAAAGCCAAGGGACGCUGAUGGAUAAAAUCUAAAUGAUCAUUUAGUAUGUAGAUUGAAUAUUUAUUUUCUUAAUGUCUGAAUUAUCCUAGUGAGAAAAGUCAAAAUAUAAUCGCUCUUAAAAAAGGUGCAUUAUGAACUGAUGAAAGCAAUGUUGAUUACAUAUUUAACAUUAUGACUGUAUUAGAUUUGGUCAUUUCGAUUGAGUUCUUAUUUAUUUAGCGGAGCGAAAACGAUGUCAAU